AUUGAUUAGUCAUAAUAAAACACUAUUAUUAUUUAUAGAUGAUAUGCUUCAAUUAUUUGUAAUCGAUAUUGAUUAUAAUGUUACUAUAAUAUAAAUAAAACAUGAAUUUACACAUAAGAAUAUAUAUAUAUAUAUAUAUAUUUACAUGGUUGAUUAUUUUCUGAAUUUUGUAAAUCAUUUGGAAUAAUAUUGAUUGAUGUUGUAAGUAAUGGUUCAUCAUAUGUAUCUUUAAAUAAAAGAAUAUAUAGAAAUUAAAUAGAACAAGAAAAUACGAACUAAUUUUAGAAUCGAUAAGGGAAUUUUUGUUAUUCUGUUCGUCAGGAUCCUUUACAAAUAUAAAUUGAAUAAACAAUAUAUGAAUGAAUUCGAUUUUUAAAUUUACUUUUUCACUUAUUUCAAUCGACUGACUUAGAUGAUAAUCAUUAAGAUCGAAAUUAGGAGGUGUUUCUUGGAAAAUAUUUGAAUUUGACCAAUUUUUAUGAUUAUCAAUCGGUGUUAAAGGUACAUAAGAGAAUUUAUUAAUUAAUUGAAAAUUAAUCUUUUUAUUUUCUUUUUCAUAAUCAUUUGGUCUUACAAGUAAAUAAGGUUGAAAAGAAUAUUUUCUUUGUCGUUCAUUCGAUAUAAAGAAUUUUUGUAAGAUGUAUCAGAAGAUCGAUUGAAUAACUCAAAAUAUCCUGUUCAGUCAACUUUAUCAAUCGUAGAAGAAGGUAAUAUUUUGUUUUAAUGUCAAGUUUUCAUUUAAAAAUAAAUACUCAUUUAUUAACUUGAAUAUUCAAAAUGAAAAUUAAUAACGUUCUUUAUCAUAAUGAACAUUAAUCGAGUGAAUAUCGAAAUUGAAGAAUUCUUUUCGAUGUCAUAUCUACUGGAAAUAAAGAUUGUAACACGCAAACGAUUUCUUUGUUAAGAUACGAAUAUUCCAAGUAAUAUAUUACCGACACUAUAGUUUAUUAUAUGAAGAUUUUACUUAAGAGAAUAAUAGAUAUGUCCAUCACGGUAGUGACAAGUUUUCGAAUUGAGAUAAAUAUCUUUGGCAGAUCAUCUUAAUGGAAAAAAUAUUUAUCAAAAACUAACUACUGUACAUAAGUUUCUAAAAAACAUUGUUAACUCAAUAUUUCAUCAUUAGCUCGAAUAUACAUAUUCAUUUCUUCAUUAAUCUAUUCUGCAUGAUCCAAAACGACAAUAGGAAACAAUUUGUGAAAUUUAUACUUCAACAAACAAAAACAAGUCGACAAAUUCGUUUUUUUUAUAUGAUUUGACUAUGGUCUAUGCAUAAAGACGAAAACGAAAAAAAAAGUUCCUUUAGAAACAUAAUUUUGUCUGCGUUUUUUUUUUCAUACAGAGUUUGAUGUAAAAUAAUUUCUUGAAAUUGUUUAAUCUCAUAGAUUUUUUUCUAUUUUAGAAAAACUAUCAGUGAAUAAAGAAUUAUUCUUUGAAAUUUCUCAUUGUGAUGAACAAGAACAGUCUAAAAUUGAUGAAAAUAGAAAAUUAAUAAAACGAAUAAAUGAUGCAUUACGUCAAUGUAUUCAUUUUCGUUAUAUUCAUCGAUUAUAUGAACUUAAAUUUGAAUAUCGUGAUUAUCCAUUAUCAAUUGAAACAUCAUUAAUUAAAUCUAAACUUGAAAAAAUAGCUUUUAAUAAAUAUAAACAAGAAUUAGAAAAAUUUGAAAAAUUAUCUCAAUUAAACAAAUCAAUUGAUGAUCAUUUAUGUCAAACAAUGUUUGAUGAAUAUAUUUAUUUACAACGAAAUUAUUAUUAUAUGACGAAAUUAAUGAGAAAAAAAAUAGCAAUCAUAAACUGA